AACUUUGCUUCGCGACGAUUACUUGGUAUACUUGUGAUGGAAGCCUGUUUGCAAUCCGUGAUUAGUACAGAGUGAGAAAUCAAUGCAAUAGUCUUAGGGUGUGUAAAACGUAGAUGUAAAUCAGUGUUUUUUCACGUUAGCAGUUUGGUAAACAUAGAAAACAAUAAAAAAUUAUUAGCGUAAAAUGAAAAAGAAUGUAAUCAACGAGCUGAAACGUUAGUUGAAAUUAAACUCUGCUGAGUGAUAUGCUAAAAAACUUUAGCAUAUCACGAACAAAAACAUUGACGGAAAAUUGACUGCGACCACCGCGAAUCAGGCUUCACGGUGUAGGACUGUUUCUUUAUACCGAUUUAAAAAUUGAGGAAAAUUCUUCUAAGAUGUCUGAUAUUCAUUCCACUGUUUCGAUUCAAGAUCCUAAUUCUACAACAACUGUACCCGCAAAUGCGGUCGGACAAUCUCCUGUUACUCAUGAACAACAGGUUGCAAUGACGGUCGCGAUUGCAUUUUUAGGACUUUGGUGUGCAAUCGGAAAUAUUGUGACGAUUCUCGCUAUUACUACUAGAAGAUAUAUGAGAACAAAAACGAAUGUAUUUAUUUUAAGUCUUGCAAUAUCAGAUCUAUUGUCUGGAUUGAUUGCCUCGCCAUUGUGGUUGUAUAGAAGAACCUGGGGUUUCAAUCCAUGGGAAUUGGGACAAUUCGCGUGUAAGCUAUAUUGGGUUAUAGACGAAACUACUUCCUAUUGCACAGCAAUGCAUAUUGCAUCGUUUGCCAUCUGGAGAUUCAUUUUGGUGAGAUGGCCACACCGCAUGGGAACCACCAAGAUCAGAACAAUCACAAUAUGGGUCUGCACAAUAUGGGUGAUCAGUAUUAUAUUCGGAGGAUUUGUCUACAGUCUGUUCUAUGAAUCAGUGGAGAAGCCACAGGAUGGGGGUGUCUACUCUCACUGGCCAAUGUGCUCCAUAAAAUUCGUUGAUGAUGGAAUCGCAAAAUUCAAAAUGUAUUAUACAUUUUCUUCAACGAUGUUCAUGUUGUUUCCAAUGGCAAUUCUGUUCGUAAUGUCGAUGUUGAUUGUAAAAGAGCUUUUCUUCAACAAAACAUUCAAAAGCGAGUUAAGAAAAAUUAAAGAGAAAAAAGCAGUGGCGCAAUUAGCUAUGAUUGCUGCGUCGUUCAUGAUUGGAUAUAUCCCGAUGACGUCAUACAUGAUGUGGACUAUUCGAGUAUCAGACAAAGAUAAAUCACUUGAUUACUGGAUGGGCGUUGCUGCUUAUUUCUGUCUGAGAUUUUCAGAAUGCAUGAAUCCUGUCGCUUACAAUGUAUCGUCUAACAAAAUGAGAAAGGCAUCAAAAGAGGUUUUAGCACUCGUCUGGACAUGUUGUGGAAAAAGGGCUCCCGUGUCUCAAACUCCAUCUCGUGUAUCUCACUCAACUCCAAACGAAGCUGGAUUGUACGUAGGAAGUACCAUUAUCACAAACGGAACAAAAAGUUACGGAAACGGACCGAAGUGACGAAAUUUAAAACGUUAUCAAUCAUAAUCUAGACCAGUGUUUUCCAACAUAUGAGCCGAAAAUCCUCCCGUGUAACUUUUUUUUAUCAAAUACAUGAAAGUGGUAAGUAAAAUGUUUGUUAUGUAUCAGUGAUUUUAUUUUGCCGCUAUAAAAGCCGCUUUUUCGUAGUUCGGAAAAAACACCACAUUAUUGCUUACUAUUUAGCUCGUACGCAAGUCUUCGCUCAAUAUUGUGCAUUAAACUCAAACUGAGGGGUGACAGCUGACGGCUAUUUUCAUAAUCCACUGUUCUUAUAUAGAUAUUUUAAUAUAUACAAUGGUGUAUAAAACGCUAUAUGAAGAUAAAUUCCAAUGUAAAAUAUAUGUGUAUAAAUUUACGAAAACAAGCGAUAUAAGAAUUGCGUACUGGAAAAUGUUUUUCAUACGUACUGUUUUAGUUCAGAUUUCUUUUAUCUUUACUCCAAAGAAAAUUAUACUUAUUGCUUUUGAGAUUUCGUUCUAUGUCUAUGCAAUGUUCCUUCAAUAAUUUGUUACGUUUUUGUAUGUGAUGUGUUUUUAGUAUUUUUUUUAUUAUCUCAGUAUAUAUCUAAAUUUGUAAUCUUAUUUGCUUUCGCAGACUAGUAGAUUUUUAGUUUGAAAAUUGUCACGAACAAAUGUUCGGGACAACCUGGUUUGGCAGAAUAUAUAAAACUAGAUAAAGGUAAUUAAGGUCGAAUUUAACAGCGAAAUCCCUUAAAAUGUCGUAAUGUACAUAGCGAGUGUGUCUGCAAUCAAACCUAUAACAUGAUGUGUUUCCAAACUAUUUGUUUGCCCUUGUCAACCAUAGAAAAUGACAGCUUUUGUCAUGCUCAAAAUGUUAUUCAAUAUUCACAUACAACAUAACAACAGAACUGCCUAUAGGUUUGCAAUCACUCUAAACUGCGUUAAAAUCAGUGAUGAGAUUCAAAAUGUCAAAAAUGAACUCUCAUUAGUAUCAACUUCACUAACAACAGGUUCCCUCAUUUCAGCAACCAUGUCGAUCUUAUAGCUCUAUAAAGCAAUAACGGGUUAAGUGAUUACCACAAAAUUCCAAGAACAGGUUCUCGCUACCCGUGAAUUCUACCACUGGUCUUCAUAUCAUAUCAAAACACAUUUUUCAGAUUGUAUAUAUUACAUUUUUUUUUAAUUUGAGUUUAACAUUGCUGUUAAAAUAAUAUCAUUCUUUAAUAUUUUAUGCAAUAUAGAUAAAAAUUGGAAAUAUUAAUCUCGUAAUUUCAUUGUCAUAAAUUAUAUUCCCUGGUAGUCGCGAAAUAACUAUUGGGGGUAACGUAUUUAUCACCAUUUUGAAUAUUUUCUGUCUUAGUUUCAGACUGGUUGCUAACGAUUUAAUUUAUACCCACAUCACUUUUAUGUGUUUUUAAUGAAGAUUCUCUUAUUCAUUCCGAAUUAAUUGGAACUGCUCUCAAAUUUGAGAUUAAAUGAUUGUUUCUGAAUAUUGUUUCUGAACAUUUAUGCAUCAGUUAUUUCUGAUGAUCACAAUUUUUCAUUGCUAAUAUACAUAGUGUUUUUUAUUGUUGGGAUUGCAUUAUUU